AUGGACAUCGGCGACGAUGUCCCCCCUAAACCUCGCGAACGGCUAGAGAUAGAGGAUGAGGACGACAAGCAGGAGAGAAUUCGCCUAAUUCUGGAGAACCUGAACUCAUCGUCAGCAACGACCAGCUCAACACGAGAUUCAGGCCUUCCCCGGUUUGAUUUUGGCGAUAGGAAGACAUAUGAGGUUCCCCCUCCUUCUGAACUGCUGUCGCGCGUCCAGGCAUUCCUUCCUCAAAUCGCGGAUUCUAACAAUGCCCUAUCGCAACGCGCUCAGGAAGAUCCGAGUAGCGUAGAUAUCGAACACAUCGAGGAAGGAACAGAGGGAUACAUCGAGAUGAAUCUUGGUUUGGGAGUCUUCGAGAAUAAGACCAAAAGAGACUCUUACGACGAGGAAAUGUCGUCGGACU